UCGAUGUCCGAUGGGUAUCUGCAACGCCCCCGCGACCUUUCAGCGAGCCAUGAAUAUGUUUUUUCAUAAUUUCGUACGAAAGACUCGUUUGGCGGAGAGCAUCAUCAACUACUGCGUGAUUGUGUACAUGGAGGACAUUCUGGUGUGCUCGAGUUCCUACGAGGGACACGUGCAGCACAUCGAAUGGGCUCUGCUUGCGUUACGAGAUGCGGGCUUUAAAGUGACGCUUGAGAAGUGUAAGUUUUUUCUUACCACCAUUUCCUUCUUAGGACACGUGGUAACAGACAAGGGGCUCCAACUGGAGCCGCAGAAGGUGGCAGCUGUCAGAGAUGCCCCGGUGCCUUCGACUAUCACGCAAGUUCGCGCCUUUUUGGGCCUCGCCUCGUACUACCGAAAAUUCAUCAAGGGCUUCGCGGCGAUCGCGGGACCCCUCACGAAUCUGUUGCGCAAAGAUCAGUCGUUGAUCUGGACGCCGGAGUGUGAUCAAGCGUUUUCGAAACUCAAGGACGCUCUCAUUUCAGCUCCGGUCCAUAUAAGACCGGAUCCCGAAAAGCCUUUUGUUCUCAUUACUGCCUGGCAGCCAGAGACAAUUUCGGCGAUCCUCGCCCAGGUAGGACCAAGUGGACUCGAGAGCGUGUUGGAGUAUGCGUCCAAAUCGGUGCCAGCCUGCAAGCGCAACUACGCUGCUCCAACGGGAGAAUGCUACGCGGCACUCUGGGGAAUCAGCCACUUUGCUUACUUGUACGGGCGGAAGUUCACCUUGGUGACCGAUCAUGUGGCUCUGAAGAAAUCGAAGGACUACUCUGGCAUGAUCGGGCGAUGGGCAACGGUGCUGCUGAGCAUGGACUUUGACAUUCGUCAUUGAAAGGACGAGAGACACGGGAAUGCGGACGGACUGACACGACUGCACCAGUGAGCGAGUUCCGAAGAGCGACGAGG